AUGUUUCUUCGAUCAAUUAUUAUUCUAUCAAUCUUCGCACACUUUUCUGCUUAUGGCAUGGUUCUAGUCGAUCCAAUGUAUCGCAAAGCUGAAUUGGCUCUGAAUCACUACAGUGCAUCGUUAUCUCGAAAUCCAAUUGUAUAUUCUCUGCUGAACGUUCUCAUUCAUGAUCAACAAGCAAAAGCGUUUGUUUCUGACGAAGCGAUCGAACUGGCUUUGCAACAUAUUAGAGAAUUUGACUUGGAAAUCAACGACCAUACUGAGAAAAUCUUUCGUCAAAUCAUCUACGGUGUAGAUUGCGGACCUGCUGACAAAGAUUGCUUGUCGAAAGAACAAGGUUCAGCCAGGACACCAUCACCAGACACCCAACAACGGAUUGUCGCUGCACUGGACAACUUCUUUGAAAAAAAUCAAGUUAAUGAACAAUGA